AUGGAGGCCACGGCGGCGGCCGACUCCUCCGGCGGCGACAGCUACAGGUCCCACCUGGCUGGCGAGGGCGAGAAGCACACCGUGUGGCGGCACGGCGCGCCGCCCUCGUACGACGCCGUGAACGCCCUCUUCGAGGCCGAGCGCACUCAGGAGUGGCCGGCGGGCUCACUGGAGGAGGUGGUGCAGAACGCGAUCAAGACGUGGGAGAUGGAGCUGUCGCACAAGGCGCGGCUGUCGGACUUCAAGUCCGUGAGCCCGGGCAAGUUCCGCCUGUCCGUGAACGGCGGGCGUCCCCGGACCGGGGAGGAGACGCUGGCCAUGGGCAGCUACAACGCGCUGCUGGACGGCCCGCUCCUGCCGAGCGCGGGCGCGUACGACGCCUCCGCCGAGACGUUCCAGUCCUCGCACGACCUGUUCCGCGCCGCGUUCCCGCGCGGCUUCGCGUGGGAGGUGCUCAAGGUCUACUCCGGCCCGCCGGUCAUCGCCUUCAAGUUCCGGCACUGGGGCCACAAGGAGGGACCGUACAAGGGCCACGCCGCCACCGGCGACAAGGUCGAGUUCCACGGCGUCGCCGUCCUCAAGGUGGAUGAGCAGCUGCGGGCGGAAGACGUGGAGGUAUACUACGACCCGGGCGAGCUUUUGGGAGGCCUUCUCAAGGGCCCCAAGGUGGCUUCCUCCGAGGAGGACAGCGGCGAGGUCGUGGCGCUCGCCGAGAGGCUCACCGAGGCCGCUGCCGUGUCGGAGACAGAUAACGGUAAGAAGUUGAAAAAACCAAAGCCUUGGAAGCACACCCAAGCAAUAACACCGGCACAACUCAGACAGAUGCGUGAUGAAUUUUGGGACACUGCUCCUCACUAUGGUGGACAGAAAGAGAUUUGGGACGCACUUAGAGCUGCUGCAGAUUCUGAUUUAGCGCUUGCACAAACCAUAGUGGAUAGCGCUGGCAUCAUUGUAUCAAAUUCUGACAUGACACUUUGCUAUGAUGAAAGAGGUGCCAAAUAUGAACUUCCAAAGUACGUUCUAAGCGAGCCAACAAAUUUGAUCAGGGAUGGUUAA